AUGGGGAACAGUCCUGUGUCCCCACCUUCUUGGGCUGCAGACAGGCCACGUUGGUCCUGUGGUGACUGGGGGCUUCCAGGAGAACCCCACCGCAGAGCCGGAGAGGUGGCCCCAGAGAAGGAGGCGUACGCCUGGGGCCGGGCCUCACCAGCCAGCCACGGGCCACCUGCAGCAACAGGCCUCUCGCCGUCCAGGGUCUGGGUGUUCGGGCGCCGUGGGGAUGAGCUGCUGUCUGCACGGCAGCCGAAGCCCUGCCCACACGCAGAGACCUGGCCCGGGGUCCCACAGGGAGAGCAUGGCCCACGGUCCCCAGCGCCGGCCGUCUCUGGGUUCCAGGAGAACUGCACGAUCCUCGGGGAGCUGGUGAGGCUGCAGGCCCAGAAGUCCUGCCUGCUGGGGUUCAGCACACGUGCCGACUCCGUGCUGGAGAUGAACAUGGCCAAGACCAGCCAGGUGGUGGCCACUUUCCUAGAUGAGCUGGCCCAGAAGCUGAAGCCCCUCGGGGAGCAGGCAGCCUUGAUCCUGGAGCUAAAGAAGGCCGAGUGCCAGAGGCGGGGCCUGCACUGUGACGGGCCCAUCAACGCCUGGGACCUGUGCUACUACAUGAACCAGGAGGAGACGCGCUACCACGAGGACCAGUACCUGCUCAGUGAGUCCUUCCCCAUGCAGGUGGUCACGCGUGGGCUGCUGGGCAUCUCCCAGGAGCUGCUGGGGCUGACCUUCGACCUGGAGGAGGGCGCCAACGUGUGUCACGAAGACGUGAGGCUCUACACGGUCUGGGACGCAGCCUCGGGCAAGGUCAUCAUCGGCAAGUUCUACCUGGACCUCUACCCUUGGGAAGGGAAGUCCGGGCACGCGGCCUGCUUCGGCCUGCAGCUGAGCUGCCUGCAGCAGGAUGGGAGCCGCCAGAUCGCCAUGAUGGCCAUGGUGGCCAACUUCACCAAGCCCACGCCCGACCCGCCCUCCCUGCUGCAGCACAAUGAGCUGGAGACCUACUUCCACGAGUUCUGGCAAGCGAUGCACCAGCUCCGCUCCCAGGUGGGUGCGGGCACGGGGCUGCGGGCAGGGGCCGGGGAGGGCCCGGGCACGCGUGGUCCUCAGGCAGGCCCUCGCCACAGGAUUCUUCCGCUGAUGUCACCCCGCACGUGGCGACGCCCUCGGUGUCAGCUUCCAUCAUCAAAGCCCACGCACUGGGCGCGUAAACAACAGAAAUGGAUGUCCUCGAGACUCUGGAGGCUGGAAGCCCCAGAUCAAGGAGUCAGGACUGAUUCCCUGCAUGUUAAGUACAUGUACUCAAGAGUUGCCUUUAAAAAAGACAAAAGAAAAGAAAGGCACGUUGCCUGCAAGUCUGGUGACAGGUGCGCCGUCCCCCAGGGGCUGCAGGACAAGCUCAUCAAGUCCCGGCAGGCCAACCCAGGCCUCUUCAACCUGCACCAGAUCGUCCUGGCAGAGGUGGACCAGGCCCUGCACACGCAGACGCCCGCGGACCCGGCCCAGGAGAAUGCCCGCCUCUGCCAGGAGAUCCUCAGGGGCCCAGCCAUGCCAGGCAGCCAAGCGCGAGCCGGGCCCACCUUAGCGUGGCAGGGGACUCAGACAGGGCUGUUUGAGGCCCCCGCUCUGGGGAAGGGGCACGGAGCGGCCAGGGGGCCGGGCAGGAGCCUCUCCGCGUGUGUCCCAGGGACCCACCUGCCUGCGACCUUCGGCUGCCUGGCAGGAAGAUACAACGCCCAGUCCUAUGGCUGCCUGUGCAGCGAGGUGUACUCUGCGGACACGUUCCACACACACUUCAAGCAGGAGGACGUCCUGAGUGGCAAGGUUGCCAUGGACUACAGAAGCUGCAUUCUGAGGCCAGGCGGCUCCAAGGAUGCCAAGGGCAUGGGGAAGCUCUUCCUGGGUUGCGACUCCACGCAGGAUGCCUUCCUCCUGAGCAAACGGCUGCAGGUUGAGGGCUGCAAGCUGCCGGCCUGCUGACGGCACGGGGUUUUGCCCACCCAGGCGGGCCCGGUGCCUUAGCGCCCCGCCGGGGCGGGGGAGGGGCCGCGUGUCCUCCCAGCCCCUGAGUCCCUGGCGGCCGGCCUCAGCCAAAAGUCUCCACCUGGACGUGUCUGGAGAGCCUGGUGUCAAGGCUCCCCCUUGUUGCACUAAUGCAAUCCCUUCCUGGGGAGCUUUCCUGCUUACAAAAUGGUUCUUUGAAAACGCAGCCAUUAAUAAAAAGACUCCACUCCUGG